GACCGAAUACAGUCUGGAGGAGACAAGAGUGAGAGCAGGAGCGGCCGGCUGGUCAUAUGUGCAACAGUGGAGAGGGAAGCUGUUGGUGAAAUUUAGAAAAUAUCAUGUCAAUGUCUUUUUGACGCCUGUUUGUUGUUCUGCGACAGGAUGUGCAGCAGCAUCUCCAUGGAUCUUUAAAACACUGAUGCGGGAUAUUCACUUCAAACCGCCUGUGGAUGCAACGGAAAGUGCUGGAUUCUUAAUUUAAAGGAGCAAAAGCAGCGGAGGAAAAACGCGGGGAAACGAGUUAAUUUUCGUCAUUUCUCAUUUUUUGGGGUUUGUCCAUCAGCGCUGUGGAGGAGGAGAGAAUCAUAAAGAAGUUUGUGCGGGGCGUUAAUAUUUUAACAAAGGCUGAACGCUGCUGAAGUAGACACCUCACCGUUCCUUAUUUUAUUUCCAACGGGGAGAUGAUUAUGAAGUGUUUCUGAAGCCCCUGGAGAGGCUUGUUGGACACCGGAGACCGGAGCUCGGGCGCACCGCGUCUGUUGAGACGGACCCGCGCGGCAACGCACCACCUGGAAACUAUACGGUCCACCAGACGCACCAAACCCACAAGACCCUCUCCUCUCUCCUCUGCCCCCUGCUCCUCUCUCCUCUCUUCUUUAUCUCUCCCCCUCCUCAUUUCUCCUUCUUACCAACCGGAUUUUUUUCCUUCAGGCUGGUGACUUUAUAGCCACGACAAAAACUGAUCAUGCGAUGACUGAGCGCGCUUUGGGCACAUCUACCGAAUCCAAUACAGGAGGUGAAUGAUGGCCGAGGAUGGGGGAAAUCUCUCCGGGGUCCCCGACGCCAGGGGCUCGGAGGGUCGCUCCUCUCUGCCGAGGACUUUCAUCCGGCUCAACGACCUGUCCGGGGUCGGGACAGGAGGCGGGGAGAGCGGCGAGGCGGUGGUGGUGGAGCCGGCGUCCCCGGCGCCCGACGGGAUCUCUACAGGCGGGGAGGAAGCGUCGGCGAGCGGCGGAGAGAGCCUGCCCUACCCCACCCUGGCCCCCGUGGUCUUCUUCUACAUGAAACAAACCACCCGGCCUCGGAGCUGGUGUCUCAAGAUGGUCUGCAACCCAUAUCCUUUUACUUUAUGAGACAGGAGUCUGCUCAUGUUCAUGCGCACAUGCGCGCGAGACUUCCACCUGUAGCAGGUAAGAAAACACCUGCUUGGCUAUGCAGCUUUUCCAGUUGACCUCGAAGAGAAAGCACGAGACCUGCUUAGACAUACCGGUUUAAACAUAUAUCUGUGUGUGUGUUGAUUUACC